AUGACGAAAUUACUUCUGACUUGCCUCUUCUCCUUCGCUGUCGGCUUUGCUAAUGCAGCAGCCAUGGCGGCGGACCCGCAAGACGGACUCUCGGGAAUUAGUUGUCCGGAGAAUCGUUGGCAUGUGUGCUAUGCUGCUGGUGCUUGCGAAAAGCAUCAACGCCCACACGCAUGUGCUACUGGAUUCGCUAGACAUCCACACUGUCCUAGAGAGAUGACUGGCUGCGACGCAGACUGUUGUAAUCUCUGCGAGUCCACUAAUGUGGGUUACGGAAAUGCUUGUUAG